CACUCAAUUCAGAUUUUUUCUAACCAAUCAACAAUCAAUCAGAUUACCGACAUUACAUUUGACUUUAGUAAAUUUCAAGAAUUAUUUUACCGUGGCAUCAGCUUGCCACGCAACGUUUCACCUAGGCAGCUAAGUGUUCAAUAAAAUAUUCAAUGAUUUAACAAUGCAUUCUAUAGUUGUUAGAUAUGCUAUGCUAUUACUAGAUGUUGUCAGAAAUGGCUCAAUAAGGUUACACAGAACACGUCAUGACAAUGCAACUUGUAUGACGAUAGUGUUGGAAAGUUCUUCUCCCCGGCGCGUACCUCUGCGAUCGAUUUUAAUUUCUCAGGUAAAAUGAUUGGGUGGGCUAAAUCAAUUGCUGUACAAAACAAAUAUCAGCUUUCCAAAUGCAUUAGCAGGAGGCAUUUGGGUACGGCUCUAUAAUUUGAUAUUGUUCGAUCUCCAAAUAUUAUUUGUGGUUUCAACAGCAACUUCGGUAUAGCAAAUGUUGAUGGACGUUUCGGCUUAAUUGAAAACCUGCAGUCAACCGAGUAGGUUUGCCAUGACGGUGGAGGAAAGACCAUGCUGGGUAGGGACAAAGAGGAAGAUUAAUCAGAAGAUUAAUAACGAGGGCUUUUCAGUGUUAAAAUUGUCAAAAGAAUUUGCCAGAAACACUUCGAUUCAUGGACUGAAAUUCAUAGCGCAAGACCACACUACAUUGAUGGAAAGGAUAUUCUGGAUAAUUCUUUUUUUAGUUGGAUUAUUCUUUGCUUUAUUCUUCGCUUGGAAUUUAUGGGAUAAAUGGGUACAAUCUCCGGUCCUCAUCACUAUUCAAACGGUUAAUUAUCCCAUCAAAAGCUAUCCUUUUCCAGCUGUCACAAUUUGCAGUGUGAACAAAGUUUCGACUCGGGCACUCGGAGAAUGGAUGGCUACAGAAGAAGCGAAAGAUUUCAAGGUGAAUGAGAUUCGUCGUAUUUUGGAGAUUAUGUCAACCGGGUUGAAUUGGGUCGAAAAUGAGGGAGAAUUCGCUGUUCUUGGUCCACUAUUACUCAAGGCCAAUAUUAGCAGCAAUGACAAUAAGUACGAAAAGCUCAUGAAAAAGCUAUCUCCAAAUUGUUCCAAGACAAUUGUCUUCUGUUCGUGGGAGGGCCUAGAAGAGGACUGCGCCGAUCUAUUUGUAACGCAGACGGCCGAUGAUGGCUGUUGUUGUUCAUUCAACUCAGUGAUCAUCCAGCGCGAUAGCGACACCUAUUUAAAAAAUCAGCAGAACCGACUUAGGCACGCCCGAACUAGUGGGGUACAAGCAGGACUCACCGUUCUAUUGGACGCCGAACUUGACGAUUACAAUGUCACUUCAUCUUCUAUAGAUGGCUUUAAGGUAUCGAUUCAAGACCCAAUGGACUUUCCUCAGACCUCACGGAAAGGUUUCCUUGCGAGCCCGGGAUUUCAAAUUAAUGCGGCUGUCACCGGUUACACCCAGAGAGCAGAUGAUAAGCUUAGGGUCAUCGAUCUUAAGAAAAGGUUAUGCACCACCAGUCAAGAAAUAACUCUAAAAUAUUUUAAAAACUACACCCGACCUUAUUGCCAGCUCGAUUGCUUGACACGGUUCUUUUUGGCCGAGUGCUUUUGCGUCCCUUAUUACUUCCCAGUUCCGACUCGGCUACCAGUCUGCAAUGUCUCAUCUUAUCCCUGCCUGCAAAGGAUAUCUGGUUAA